AUGGACUGGCCUUACGACGCUCUUGGCAAUUGGAACAACGAGCCUGUUCUUGACUGGGAUGGCAAACCAGCUGCCGAAUGGAUCGAGGACUCCGCUGUCGGUUGGUCGGAAGAGGUUGUCAUGAUUGAGCACGAUGCAGAGACGUACGAUUGGACUUUCCUGUCACCUGAAGACGAAGUUCCAAGCAACUGUGUCUCGAUGCUCAGCUCGGCAUCUUCGAGUAUGGAAUUUCUUCCGCUUCCAUUGAGAGAUUCAUUCUUGGACGAUCCAACCGCAUACGGAGAGCCUGUUCAGAGCAUUUUCGGAGAUGGUAACAACAUGCGCAGAGUCUCCAAGUCGGCUUGGGAAACAGAGUCUGACUUUUGCAUUCCUGCUUUCUUCUGGGAAGGAGACAAGAGCCUGAGUGAGGAAAUAUUCGAGAGCGAUGCAUUUGCAUUGUAUCCACUUUGCAAGGAAGACAAAACUUGGUACUGGUGA